AUGGCGGACGACAAGUCCGGCAAUGUGGUUCAGAGCACUAUCAUUCGCGUCGACCACCUGUGCUGCCAGGGCGAGGCCGCCCUCGUCCGCAAGCUGCUUGAGCCUUUCGAGGCGUGCCUACAAAAGCAAACACGCGAGGGAGCAAAGACGAACGACAUCACCUCCUGUGCUAAUCAAAACCCGUGUAUCGCGCGCCUCGCACACUGCGCCCCGCAGGCGGCCGAAAUCGUCCGGAUCCUCAACACGAAGCAGCUCGGCGCCUCAAUCGCCGACGCUGGCGCGAGCGGCAGCGGCGGCGGUGGGGCCUCGCUGACGGGCGCAGAGGUGAUGCGGUCGCUAGUGACGGCACUCCAGAUCCUUCUCUUUUGCGGGGCGCUUGGCCUCAACUUGUAUGGCGUGCUGCCCACGCUCGCGCUUGGCCUGGCCGGGGGUUCGAUCCUGCUCAGCUGGCCGAUGUUCCACUCGGCGCGCGCCAGUAGCUGCGCGUACCUUUCCGUCCGUCGCGGUCUGCCCAACGUCGAGUUUCUGAUGACCGUGGCCGCGCUCGGCUCGGUGGUGCUCGGAGACUACGUCGAGGCCGCAUCGGUGGGCGCCAUCGUCUCGCUGAUGGACAUGGUCAAGUUCUUCUUCGUCGAGCGCUUCGAGCGGCAGCUGCGCGGGGCUGCAAACGGCCCGCCGCCAAAGGUUGACAUGCCGGGCGGCAGCUCCAAGCCGGCUGGGGACGUGUACAUCGUGCGCGCGGGAGACGCGAUUCCGACAGACGGAGUCGUGACGACGGGCAAGGCGUCGGUCGACGAGAGCCGACUCACCGGCGAGGCGAUGCCCGUCGAGAAGGAGCAGGGCGCGUCCGUCAAAAGCGGCGCAAUUGUCGCGUCCGGGUACAUGGAGGUGAAAGCGGAUGCGUCGGCGGACAAGAGCUUCACCGCGUCAUUGGGCACCCUCUCAGAGACGGAGGAGACAGUCAGCCGUUUUGCCAAGUUCUACACGCCGGCGAUCAUCCUCGCGGCCGCCGCGAUCGGCUACCAGUUCCUCGUCGUGCUCGUCGCGGGAUGCCCCUGCGCACUCCUUGGCGCAGCGCCGUUCGCCUACGGCGCCGCGCUCGCCGCGCUCGCGAAACGGCACUCGCUGCUGCUCAAGCAGAGCACGGCUCUAGAGGCGCUCAGCAGGAUGAAGUAUAUUGGUCUCGACAAGACGGGCACGCUGACGAAGGGCCAAUUCGACCUCGUCGAGUUCGUGGUCUUCUCGAGCACCUACACUAAGGAGCAGUUGCACCGCUGGCUGGCGGCGGUGGAGGUGCGCGAUAACCAUCCGAUCGCACGCUCCAUCGUGCAAAGCUACACCGGCUGUGUGGUCAACUUUGCCGGCUCGGACGAGCUGCCUAUGGUCAACCCAUUCAAGCGGCAUGGCCGCAACGGCGUCACGGGGGGCAUUGACGGCAAGAUUGUUGGCGUCGGCAUCGAGCAUCCUAUCGUCUGUCCAUGGUUGUGA